AUGGUCGUGCCGAAAGAAGCCAGAUGUUUCGUCUUGAACGAGCCCCCAGUGGCAGAGGUGAACUUGGACCCGGAAAGUGCCAACGCCACUUUCAAGCUCGUCAAGAAGCCCUUGCGGGAUCUCAACUCUGGAGAGAUUUUGGUGAAAACUUUAUACCUCUCAAACGACCCAACGCAGCGAGCCUGGAUCCAAAAAGGGUUGAAGCCGGAAAGCAUGUACGUAGAGCCUGUCACGCAGGGUGAAAUCAUGAGGCUGGUGGGGCUUGGCCAGGUGGUUGCUCUGAAAAACGGAAAGUACAAAGAAGGAGACAUUUUGAACACCACGUUGAAAUGGUCGGACUACUCAAUCAUCUCUGAGAGCGCCAUCUUCAGUAAAAUCAGCGACACCUCGGUGCCGUUGCCCAUGUACCUUGAUGUGUUGGGCACCACGGGGUUGACUGCGUAUUUUGGGCUUUUGCAAGUAGCCAAGCUCAAGAGCUCGGACGUGGUGGUGAUCUCCGCGGCCCUGGGCGCCACGGGCUCGAUGUGUGUACAAAUCGCCAAGAAGGUGAUUGGGUGCAAAAAAGUGAUUGGCAUCUCCGGCGGCCGCGAAAAGUGCCAUUUCGUGGAGCUUUUGGGCGCCGACCACUGUGUGGACUACCACAGCAAGUCUUUCCAGAAAGACUUGUCCCGGGCAAUUGGCAAGGACAAAUUCUGCGACGUGUUUUUCGACGGGGUUGGUGGCAAAAUCUUGGACGCCGCGCUCGGCAUGAUGAGGCCUUUUGGCCGCGUCGUGGCCUGUGGGGCGAUAGCAGGCUACAACGAUUUCGGCCAGUCGCGGGUCUUGAACUGGCCGCAGAUUGUCGUCAAGAGGCUCAACGUCAAGGGGUUCAUUGUAUUGGAUUUCAUCGACCAGUAUGCGGAGGGCAUCAGGAAACUCCACCUGUGGAUCGAACUGGGUCUAAUUCGAUACGACAAGUCCACGUACUCGGUGGUAGACUUGACUGGGACGGACGCGGACUUUGCCAAGAUCCCUGCUUCGUGGGGAGAGCUCUUCAAACCCACCAAAGGCCCGGGGAAGCUUCUCACGCAAGUCUCGCGGCCCAAACUUUGA